AUGGGGCGAGAGGAGUAUCGCUGCAAAAAGAGCAUGGAUGCUGCCAUCCUCGAGGACCAGGCCUUCAUCCAAAACGAGGCCAAGGAGAAAAUGGGAGGAGUAAACAAGUGGCAUUCCUGUGUCCCAGACAUCGAGUCCCACGACUAUGGCAAGAGUGUCAGCGCAGGAGACAACACCAGGACAAAAAUGAAGCUCUUGGCGGACAUGAGGCUUGGAAGGGACAAUUUUUACACUUUACUUCCAUCGAGUGUCUCUGAUGAUUCUCUUGGCUUGAGGACAGGAUCUCGAGUAACUGUGGUAGCCAUUCCUGUAUCCUCCACUCUCAUCAUGAGCCAAAACACCCAAGCUCAGAGACAGCAGAAGCAAAACCAAAAUGUUCCCUCUCCAACCUCCCAUCCUCAGCCUAUAUUAUUGAUGCUCACUACAACACCUUCAACAGAACUUACAGAGUCUCGGCCUCUACAUGACUCCACAAAGUUUGCAAUGCUGACAGUUGUGUGCAAGUGGAAUCCCAAAUGGGACAGCAUUUUGCCCGAUGAGCAGGCCAGGCUCAAGGCUCAGGAGGGCAUGAAAUACGUUUGCCUCGACAGCUUACAGGUGCUCAACUCUGAAACUCUGGAACCGGUUGCCAAGGACGGUGUCACCAUUGGUGAAGUUUGCAUGCGUGGGAACAUGGUGUUCAAGGGGUACUUGAACAAUCCAGAGGCAAUGCUGGAGAGCUUUAGAGAAGGAUGGCUCCACUCCGGGGACUUUGCAGUUUGGCAUCCAGCAGUGCUGGAAGCUGCUGUGGUGGUGCGGCCAGAUGAGCAGUGGGGCGAGUCUCCAUGUGUGUUUGUUUCCCUCAAGCAUGGCGUGAGAAGCAACAAGGAGGAGAUACUCUCGUUCAGUUGA